AAAGUAUCUUCAGUUGCUAGACUCGCCGUUUUCACUUCAACAUCCCGAAGACCUGUGCAUGCGCCUGCAAAAUCCAAGAGAAGCUUGGAGAUGGCAACCAACUCAAGCUUUCAACUGUUCUCCUCAUCAGACGAAAAGGGCGCUCCAGGGUUAGGGUUAGCGUUUCUUGAUUCCUUUGAGCCCGCGUUACCUCCUCCUCCUCCUCCCGUCGAAGUCUUUUCCUCCGAGAUGCCAUAUUCUGUGAAAUUUACCGUGGAGCAAGUGAAUGUAGGGGAACUCACUUUGUUCAAAGGCCGUGUUAGUACUAAGGAGGUUUUGGGAUUAUCUAACUCCGAUUUGGUCCCUGGUGUAUACGAAGGGGGAUUGAAGCUAUGGGAAGGUUCACUAGAUCUUAUCAAGUCUCUUCACUCUGAGAUUCAAAAUGGGAAUUUAUCAUUUAAAGGAAAACGAGUUUUAGAGCUGGGAUGUGGUCAUGGUCUUCCUGGGAUUUUUGCAUGCCUUAAGGGUGCAUCUGUCAUUCAUUUCCAGGACUUCAAUGCCGAGGUCCUGCAAUGUCUUACCAUACCCAAUGUAAAGGCUAAUGUUCUGGAGAAGUCUCAUCGUAUGGGAAUGGGUGAAACAAAUUCUGAUGCCGAAGCAGAAGUACGUUUCUUUGCUGGUGAUUGGGGUGAAGUUGAUCAACUUCUUCCCCAAGGACAUGACAAAGAAAAGGAGCUAACCUGUAGCUCUGAGUGUGAUGCAAUUGAUGGUUAUGAUGUUGUUCUAAUGGCAGAGACUAUUUAUUCCAUCUCUUCUCAGCGGAGUCUUUAUGGACUUAUUAAGAAGUGCAUUAGGAACCCUCAUGGCAUUGUAUACAUGGCAGCAAAGAAGCAUUAUUUUGGAGUGGGCGGGGGAACACGGCAAUUUUUAUCUAUGGUAGAGAAAGAUGGCGUUCUGACUUCAAAGCUGGUUUGUGAAGUUACAGAUGGUUCUUCUAACCUCAGAGAGGUAUGGAAGCUUUCAUGCAAGUAGAUGACAAUCUAGAUCUAUUACGGUGAACAUGAUCAAUGUGUAAUCUAAAGAUGGAAUCUUUCCACCAAGUCAGAGAUCAUAUUUGACAUGCUAUUUUGUCUAAGAACGUGGCACUGGAUAUUUGCUGCUUGAACAUUUUGUUCUUGACCAACUUCCUUAAUUUUAAUCUCUGUUCUGCACAGUUAUUUGCAUUUUCUAUUAUACUCAAUUGAUUCAUCAGAAACCAAAAGCAAGCUUUUGUAGAAGCAUAUAAUGCCUUGGUAAGUUUUAUGUUUGACAAUUUAGAAUCAUCAUAUUCAUUUUCUUCCGAAAAUGGGACAGUAGAUUCACUGAAAGAAACCAAGAAGAGUAGUUUACAAGUUCAAACGACAUGAACAUCAUCAAGCCUUUUACUUAGACAAACGAACAUGUAUGUAUAUAUAUAUAUUUGAAGCUGAUAACAGUUUCUGUGAGACAGAAAAAAAAAAUAAAAAAGAG